AUGGCGUCCUGCAUGAGGAUGCUCGGUGCUGCCCGGCAGCUGGAGAGAAGUCUGACUCUAAAUGUUCAGCUAACGGUGAAGCGGUCCGGUGGGUGGAGGACCUGCAGCGGCCGACACCUCCUCCUCACCGACACGUCCCCGCCGAGCCAGCUCCAGGCCCCGCGGUUCUGCUCCAACGCUCCGGUCAGCAGCACCGCGAUGACAGCCGGCAGCAGGCUGACCGGCACCGGCACCUGCAGACCGCACCGGUGGAUGCGGGUCGGGGCCGCUCUCCGGGACCAGACCGUGCCGCUCUUCCUCGCACCGACCUGUCGACCCUACACGGUCCAGGACAGGAUGUUCGGGAACCGGGCCAGCGGCGGGGAGGACGGAGGAGAGAGCUCGGGCUCCGGUGGAGAGGAGUCCGGAGGAGAAGGUGGAGCUCCGUACAGCGGAGCCACGAUGACGGCUCUCACCCCCAUGAUGGUGCCGGAGGUGUUCCCUAACGUGCCGCUGAUCGCCGUCAGCAGGAACCCUGUGUUCCCCCGGUUCAUCAAGAUCAUAGAGGUAAAGAACAAAGCACUGAUGGAGCUGUUGAGGAGGAAGGUUCGUCUGGCUCAGCCGUAUGCCGGAGUUUUCCUGAAGAGAGAUGAUAGUAAUGAGUCAGAUGUGGUGGAGUCUCUAGAUGCCGUCUAUUCUACGGGGACCUUUGUUCAGAUUCAUGAGAUGCAGGACCUGGGAGACAAGCUGAGGAUGAUCGUCAUGGGACACCGCAGGAUCCGGAUCACAAGACAGCUGGAGGUGGAGCCCGAGGAGGCGGCGGCGACGUCCCCCGUGGGGUUUGAGUCGGAGUCGGAGUCUCAACCAAAACCUCCGUCGAGAUCAAAGGGCAAACACAGCCGCAAGGAGCAACCGGGUCCCCCGACGGAGCAGCUCGAGGACAAGAUUUCCAACGCAGACUUGGGUCCAAAGCUUCAGCCUCUGCCCUCCUCCAACAUCCUGAUGGUCGAAGUGGACAACAUUCAACACGAGCAGUUCACUGUCACAGAGGAGGUCAAGGCGCUGACUGCAGAGAUAGUGAAGACCAUCAGGGACAUCAUCGCACUGAACCCCCUCUACAGAGAGUCGGUCCUCCAGAUGAUGCAGGCUGGUCAGAGAGUAGUCGAUAAUCCCAUCUACCUCAGCGACAUGGGAGCAGCUCUGACGGGAGCAGAGUCACAGGAACUACAAGACGUCUUGGAGGAGAUCAAUAUCCCGAAGCGUCUCUACAAGGCUCUGUCGCUGCUGAAGAAGGAGUACGAGCUCAGCAAACUGCAGCAGCGACUGGGCCGAGAGGUGGAAGAGAAGAUCAAACAGACCCACAGGAAGUACCUGCUGCAGGAGCAGCUCAAGAUCAUUAAGAAGGAGCUGGGUCUGGAAAAAGAGGACAAAGACGCUAUCGAGGAGAAGUUCAGAGAGAGACUCAAAGAGAAGACCGUCCCGCAGCACAUAAUGGAAGUCAUCAACGAAGAACUCAACAAACUGGGACUGCUGGACAACCACUCCUCAGAGUUCAAUGUGACCCGUAACUACCUGGACUGGCUGACCACCAUGCCCUGGGGCACCAACAGUGAAGAGAACUUAUCACUGGCAAGAGCCAGAGAGGUUCUGGAAGAAGACCAUUAUGGAAUGGAGGAUGUUAAGAAGCGAAUAUUGGAAUUCAUCGCAGUGAGCCAGCUGCGUGGCUCCACCCAGGGCAAGAUCCUGUGUUUCUACGGUCCUCCGGGCGUAGGAAAGACCUCCAUCGCCCGCUCCAUAGCGAGAGCCCUCAACAGAGAGUACUUCAGGUUCAGCGUGGGAGGCAUGACCGAUGUGGCCGAGAUUAAAGGACACAGGAGAACAUAUGUCGGAGCGAUGCCAGGGAAGAUUAUCCAGUGCCUGAAGAAAACCAAGACGGAGAACCCCCUGGUGCUAAUAGAUGAGGUGGAUAAGAUGGGCCGUGGUUACCAGGGUGAUCCAUCCUCCGCUUUGCUGGAGCUUCUGGACCCCGAACAGAACGCCAACUUCCUCGACCACUACCUGGACGUUCCUGUAGAUCUGUCGAAGAUUUUGUUCAUCUGCACGGCCAAUGUGACCGACACCAUCCCCGAGCCUCUCCGAGACAGGAUGGAGAUGAUCAACGUGUCUGGAUACGUGGCCCAGGAGAAGCUGGCUAUUGCCGAGCAAUACCUGGUCCCUCAGCUCCGCACUCGGUGCGGUCUGACCGAGGAGAAGGCCUCGAUCUCAUCCGACGCCCUCAGUCUGCUCAUCAGGCAGUACUGCAGGGAGUCCGGAGUCAGGAACCUGCAGAAACAAGUUGAAAAGGUUUUCCGUAAGGUGGCGUUCUGCAUCGUCAGCGGUGAACAAACCGCAGUGACCGUGACACCCGACAACCUGCAGGUCUACGUAGGUAAACCUAUUUUCACAGUGGAUCGAAUGUACGACAUCACCCCACCAGGAGUGGUUAUGGGGCUGGCAUGGACCUCUAUGGGAGGGUCGACGUUGUUCAUCGAGACUUCGUUGCGCCGUCCUUCUGGAGUAGGGGACCCUAAAGCAGAGGGGACACUGGAGGUCACAGGUCAGCUGGGUGAUGUAAUGAAGGAAAGUGCAAAGAUCGCUUCAACCUUUGCCAGAGCCUUCCUGAUGACCCAGGAACCAGAAAAUCACUUCCUGGUCAACUCCCACCUGCAUCUGCAUGUCCCUGAGGGGGCGACUCCCAAGGACGGACCAAGCGCUGGCUGCACCAUCGUCACAGCACUGUUGUCACUGGCAACCGACCGGCCGGUGCGUCAGAACGUAGCCAUGACUGGUGAAGUGUCACUGACCGGCAAAAUACUGCCAGUCGGAGGAAUCAAAGAGAAAACUAUAGCGGCCCGUCGUGCUGGUGUGACCUGCCUCAUCCUGCCAGAAGAGAACAGAAAGGACUUCUCCGACCUGCCCGACUACAUCAGGGAGGGCCUCGAGGUCCACUUUGUCGAUCACUACUGCCAUAUCUACCCCAUCGCCUUCCCACGGGACCAGUCUUAACCUACUUUCCAAUUACAACACUAAAUCCAAAGGCGAGAUGGACCAAGACUUCUUUUUUGUGGCACUAAAGAACCCAGAACCACAUUUGGUACCACAUAACACUGAUUGUCAUUCUGGUUGUAGUCGUACUAAAUAUGCAGAUUGGACUCCGAGGCACCUGCCGUGGAAAAUGGCGCUACUUUAUCUGUUGGAAAGUAGCAGCGAGCACGGCUCCAAAUCAUGAACAUCAUCGGGUGCGCGGUAGUGGCGAGGACAGAACGAACACGACAGAACGAACACGACAGAACGCGUUUCAGCUAUAGACCAUCAUCAGUUGAUGAUAGUUUAUAGCUGAAACAUGUUAGUUUUUUCCCACAAUAAACAAAAAAGGACCUUUUAUCUGUGAGCACCAGUGAUUGUUUGCUACAAUAUCUGUUCCAAAGUCAUCCAGAGGAACAAGCCGGCUCGGUGAUCACUCAGAUAAUUCAGUUUCAGCCACCACAGGACCCCUGAAAUGUAGGAGGACCUUCAUGUGAUAGAAGACAACAUCACUGAACUUGAACCAACUGUGCCAAAGAUGGCCAUACGCAGUAAAGUCAUGGUGAUGAUGACGAACACCUGGUCGGUCAUCACUGGAGAUGAUGUCAUCGAUGAGCAGAGGUUUUUAGGUGGCCGCCUUGCUGCCGGGCAGCCUCUUUACCCACAACUCUCAUUAUAUUAGAGCUGUGGAUGAACUCUUUCCCGUAUUUCUUAUAGUAUUUUAUAUUAUUAUUAUUUUUGGUCAGAUGUGAUGAUGAUGAUAUUGAAAUAAAUUAAAUCAUAAAUGCAA